AUGGCAAGUCUCCUAAGUGUACCGAAAAUUGUGAAACAAUGGGAUAUCUGUGUUAUGGUGCAAGUGCAAGCGAAAGACUCGUGGAAGACAAGUAAGUUCCAAACCGUACGCAUUGAAGCUGGGACGAUUUAUUUUCACUUCAACCCGAAAUUGUGUUUAACCGAAAUUGAAACGCUUUUGCCUAUGCUUAAAAAUCAAACGAAAUUCGACAAGAAUGAGGUUUCUGAAGAUUCAAAUGGUUCACGAGAAUCAUGUAACACAACAUUCUUGAAAGUUACGCUUACUACAAUAAAUUCACAAUUUGCCAUCGUUGAGAUAUUAAAUCCUAUGAAAUUUGAAGAUGAGCGUACAUUCAUCGGUUAUCAGUAUUUGCAUAUUGAAGAUAAUUUUGGCAAUGCCACCAAGCACGGAUUUCGUCCGUGUGAUGAUGGAUGGACAAUUAGCUUGCCGACCAAAGAGACUCGUUAUUUUUUUCUUAAUCUGAACCCUUUCACGCAAUAUGCUUACUAUGUGAAGACGAUGACUAUAUCAACUGAACGACGCAAUGCCCAAAGUCCAGUGCAACGUUUUAUAACUAAAUCGGAUCAACCUAAGUUUGUUAAUAAAUUGCAAGCUUAUCCCAAUUCCAGCUCAGAAAUUGUUAUGACUUGGUUGCCGCCUACAUCGGCAAAUGGCCAAUUGAAAAUGUACAAGAUACGCGCAGUAUUAGUUCGAAUUCAAAACUCUGAGUCCAGAAACUAUUGCAAAGAUCCUCUGAAGGAGAUUAAAAUUGAAAACCCAAAAAUUGAGAGUCCGCGAACAGAAAAGCCUCCAAUAUCCGAGGGUUGUAAAUGCCCUAAGCCUAAGGACUCUGUAUACGAUGACGAAAAUGCUGAUGCAAAUAUACAUGCUAGUAUCGAGUUGGAGAACACCCUCCAGAAUUUUAUAUACGUAAA